AUGGAGAGACAGGACAGCACCACCAGACCAUGUGGACUUUACCAUAUAGAGGACAGCACCACCAGGCCAUGUGAACUUUACCAUACAGAGGACAGCACCACCAGGCCAUGUGGACUUUACCAUAUAGAGGACAGCACCACCAGGCCAUGUGGACUUUACCAUAUAGAGGACAGCACCACCAGGCCAUGUGGACUUUACCAUAUAGAGGACAGCACCACAAGGCCAUGUGGACUUUACCAUACAGAGGACAGCACCACCAGGCUCUGUGGACUUUACCAUAUAGAGGACAGCACCACAAGGCCAUGCGGACUUUACCAUAUAGAGGACAGCACCACCAGGCUCUGUGGACUUUACCAUAUAGAGGACAGCACCACCAGGCUCUGUGGACUUUACCAUAUAGAGGACAGCACCACCAGGCCAUGUGGACUUUACCAUAAAGAGGACAGCAUCACCAGGCCAUGUGGACUUUACCAUAUAGAGGACAGCACCACAAGGCCAUGUGGACUUUACCAUAAAGAGGACAGCAUCACCAGGCCAUGUGGACUUUACCAUAUAGAGGACAGCACCACAAGGCCAUGUGGACUUUGCCAUAUAGAGGACAGCACCACCAGACCAUGUGGACUUAACCAUAUAGAGGACAACACCACCAGGCCAUGUGGACUUUACCAUAUAGAGGACAGCACCACCAGACCAUGUGGACUUUACCAUAUAGAGGACAGCACCAUUAGGCCAUGUGGACUUUACCAUAUAGAGGACAACACCACAAGGCCAUGUGGACUUUACCAUAUAGAGGACAGCACCACCAGACCAUGUGGACUUCACCAUAUAGAGGACAGCACCACCAGGCUCUGUGGACUUUACCAUAUAGAGGACAGCACCACCAGGCUCUGUGGACUUUACCAUAUAGAGGACAGUACCACCAGGCCCUGUGGACUUUACCAUAUAGAGGACAGCACCACCAGGCCCUGUGGACUUUACCAUAUAGAGGACAGCACCACCAGGCCCUGUGGACUUUACCAUAUAGAGGACAGCACCACCAGGCCAUGUGGACUUUACCAUAUAGAGGACAGCACCACCAGGCCCUGUGGACUUUACCAUAUAGAGGACAGCACCACCAGGCCCUGUGGACUUUACCAUAUAGAGGACAGCACCACAAGGCCCUGUGGACUUUACCAUAUAGAGGACAGCACCACAAGGCCCUGUGGACUUUACCAUAUAGAGGACAGCACCACAAGGCCCUGUGGACUAUAA